CCAUUCAGCGCUGCCGCGAUCGUGCAAACGCACCCCAGGACUUCUGAAUCUGCAUGGUACAAUACCCAUCUCAAGCUUUCGACCGAUUGGUCUCAAUCUGAGGCUCACACUGACACUCUUAGGGGCCGUUGUAGGGUGGAUUGAGGGGGAUGAGUGGCACCUGUAAGCUUCAUUGUUGCUCAGACAUGGAAUUUCGUUAUUGGUGAUUUGGGUCGCUCGUGUUGUGUUUGAAGGAGGAAGAGGUAGAAUUGGACUUAUUGUUGCUGCGUAGGACUUGGGUCGCGUUAACGGAAGGGUGCCUAUGGCGGGUGUGGCACUGGGACUCGGAGUCCCGGGGUUGGAGCUGGUAGCCACUAAGAGGGCUCAGUUCUCUUCUCCUUCUUCCUCUUCCUCUUCUUCUUCUUCUUGCGUCAGUUGCUCUGCUUCCUUUUCUUCCUACAGCAUUACGCAUGCCAGGUCUCAGAAACCGCUUGUUCUGAAAAGCUCUUUCGUCUCGCGGAGUAAUCAUUCCAGCUUCUGGGAUGGUGGAGUGGGAGCAUGUGUGCUGGCCCUUGCCUUCGAGGAGUCAAUCAAGCAAAGUAACAGGGGUGGUGCCCUUUGUACCCAAGCGAACAUUUUUGAGCGCGUGGUCAGAGUCGUGAAAUCUUACGCAAAUGCUAUAGUGAGCUCUGCUGAGGACCCAGAGAAGUUACUGGACCAGACCGUGUUGGAAAUGAAUGAAGAUCUGAUCAAGAUGCGGCAAGCUUCUGCACAGGUACUAGCUUCACAAAAGCAGAUGGAGAAUAAAUACAAAGCAGCUCAAACAACAGCAGAUGAUUGGUAUAAGAGAGCAAAAUUGGCACUUGAAAAAGGUGACGAAGUUUUGGCUAGAGAGGCUCUCAAACGUCGUAAGGAUUAUGAGGAAAGCGCCAAGGCGUUGAAAAGUCAGUUGGAUCAACAGAAAGGUGUCGUAGAGAAACUAAUAUCCAACACUCGGCUGCUUGAGAGCAAGAUUCAAGAAGCUAGGUCGAAGAAGGACACACUGAAAGCACGAGCACAAUCUGCAAAGACUUCGCAGAAGGUCAAUGAGAUGUUAGGGAAUAUCAACACCAGCAGUGCUCUUUCAGCAUUUGAAAGAAUGGAAGAGAAAGUUUCUGCGUUGGAGGCAGAAUCCGAGGCACUCAAUCAGCUCAGCACGGAUGAUCUGGCUGGCAAGUUUGCACUCCUAGAAAGUGAUUCCGUUGAUGACGACCUGGCAUCUUUGAGACAAGAGAUGUUGGGGACUUCCAAGAAGAAGGGCGAACUGCCGGAAGGCCGCUCACAACCAGUUGCAAGUAAUAGCAGUACCCCAUACCCUUUCAAUGAAUCAGAGAUUGACAGGGAACUGAACGAGUUGCGUAAUAAAACCAAGGAUUUUUGAGACUUCGAUUUUGUUUCCUCAGAUAUAUUGUAUCAACUUGCAAUAAUUCUGUCAGUUAACUGUAUUGUGUAGAGUGUUUCCCAAUCCUGUAUCUGCAUUGGUUACAAUGGGAAUGUGAGCUUGAAGCCAUUGUCUGAAAGCCACGAUAAGUCAUUCCCAGAUUUUGUGCAAAUAUCUUAAUAAAUGCUGUCGUUGAUUCCGCAA